UCCUUGCUUUCCCAGGUAAAACAACACACCUGAGCUCUGAAGCAGGUAGAAAUCAAAGGAACGCGUUACUCUUGACAUCUUUCGAAAGGACGUCCUUAAAUCUGAAAUCUUUUUGACGGGAAACAAUGAUAAGCGACUGAUCUACAUUUUAACCAGUCAGUUCGGUUGACACUCCAGCUAAAAGUGGAUUGGCGAAUUUUUUACGAAAUAUAUAUAGCCUGCCUCACACCAGGAUUCCUUUACAUUUAAGAAAAAUGGGCUUGUGGCGUUUUCUUUUCGCUGCCUUGGUUUUUAUUCUCAGCGUUCAUGACGGAGAAAGCCAGAGUAGCACAGCGGAGAGUCUCACAUCAGCACAGCACCAGUGUGUACACAAUUUCAAGACCGGCCGGGAAAACUUUGUUCUCGAUACGGAAGAGUCGAUUGAGGAUGGAGCUGUUUUCCUGGCUAACCCGAGCGUCGCGCAUAGGAACGAGUGCAUUGCUCAGUGCUGCAGAGAUCCCAAAUGCAACUUGGCCCUCAUAGAAAACGGACACGAGACGGGAUCCAGCAACAGCUGCUUUCUCUUCAACUGCUUAUAUAAGCAAAAAUAUGUCUGUCGAUUUAUUCAGAAGCGGGGGUUCACAAAUUAUAUACUGAAUUCAGUUUAUGAACAUUACCUGAACGUCCGCAAAAGUGAUGGGAAGGAGAAACUGCCCAUUGCCAAUCCUGGACGGGAUGUGGUGGUCCAGCCUAAUGAGGAGGUAUUUCUGAAUGGCAUUGAGAGUUGGGGUGAAAAGAAGAUUGUCAAUUAUCAGUGGAGCCUCAUCAGUGGAGAUGAAUCUGUCCAAAUUGAGAAAACUGAUCUGCCAGACCAGGUGAGAGUGUCCAAGCUGGUACCUGGGGUGUAUAAGUUCAAACUGACAGUGACCGAUUCAUUACAACGUUCUGAUUCUGCUCAAGUCACUGUUUUGGUUCUCACUCCUGAUCAAUCUGAGCGUCACUGUCUGGCCCCUAAAAAGGUGGGACCCUGUAGAGGUUAUUUCCCUCGCUGGCAUUACAACGCUGCAUCCAAAAAUUGUGAGCAGUUCUACUUUGGAGGGUGUAAAGAGAAUAACAACAACUACCUAUCUAAACAGGAGUGUUUGAAUGCCUGUAAAAACGCAGUAAUACUUAGUGGAGAAACAAGAAAGCUGCACAAGGAAGAAUGUUCUUCAUCAUGUAGAGAAGACGAAUUUGAAUGCUCUAACGGGUGCUGUGUGAAGAAAGAGUUUGAGUGUGAUGAACAGCAGCAAUGCAGCGAUGGUUCUGAUGAGCAGAACUGUGAUCAAUUGAAUAAUAGCCUGAUUCGACUUCUUAAGAUUGAGGUGACUAAAAAAGCCCACUGCACAGAUCCACCUGUUGUGGGCCCAUGUCGAGCCAGUUUUAAUCGUUGGUACUAUGACCCUCUUCACAAAAAGUGCCAUCGCUUCACCUAUGGUGGCUGUGAUGGCAAUGAGAACAACUUUGAGACAACAGACAAGUGCAUGAACAACUGCUCAGGUGUCACAGAAAAUGAUGUGUUUGCCGAAGGAUUGUUUGUAAGGGGUGAAGGAGAACUAGGGGAAAGCCAGUCAGCUUCUGUUGCCCUAGCUGUGGUUGUGGUUAUCGCCAUCUUGGCCGUUCUGGCAGUGUUAGGUUACUGUUUCAUCAAGAACAAGAGAAAAAACCAUCAGCAUCAGCGUGUGGCCACCAACAAUCCUCCAGUGGUCUACAGUGAAGAUGACCAACAGCUGGUCUACAACAGCACCACUGCCAAAGCAUGACAUAAUCUGCAGUGAAGAGGGGCCAUAUGAAUAAAAUAAGCAACUCAGUUAGGGUUCCCGACCUUAACGUGAUGCCACAUUAGCCUAAAUGUUUGGUCACUUAACCAGGUCUUUUAUCUCAGGUCUUAAUGAUCAAGCUGUUUUAUGUGGAUAUUUAGCAUUAAUGUAUUAUAUUAUGUUGGUCAGACCUGUGUGUGUAUGUGUGUGUUUGCAAAAUGGCCCAAGAGACGGUUUAAGUAGAAGAAGAGAAUUUUACAUUAUGGUUUCAAAGCACUUGACAAAAAGUAUUGUAAUUGUCUUUUUAUUUGUUUCUUAUAAAGCCAUGUCAUUUAUCAUUCUGAUGAUUUCUGAGGGAGUAGAAUGUCUUGAUUUACCUAUAUUAAUGUUUUAUAUAUAUAUAUAUAUAUAUAUAUACAUAUAUAUAUACAUACAUACAUACAUACAUACAUACACACACACACACA